ACACGGAAGUGGUCUGCAGAUCACGCCCUGGCAUCUGUCGGUAUAGAGAAAGACGAAGUCGGGGAAGAAAAGAAGAAGUCGUCUCUCGCCAUGUGCUGUACAGAAAAUGUCUAACAUGAGAUGUUGUUGACCGAGAUGGGACUCGGAGCGCUGCUACUUUUCUGUAGUUUGCUCGGAGUCUUUCAGAAAGGUCUGACAGAUCUGAUACGAACACAGCAGACUGUGAUCGCAGCUGUAGGAGAUGAAGUCCUCUUAAACUGUCAGCUGCUGCAACAUGAAGAUGUUGUUCAGGUCAUAUGGUGGAAGAUUUUAAUCAAGGGGAUGAAGAAUCUUAUUUCUUACCACAAAAAAUAUGGUCAAGAUGUUAAUCCUGCGUUGAAAGAUAAAAUAGGGUUUACAGAUGUUGGACUGCAGAGCAGCUCCAUCUUCAUCAGAAACGUGACAGAGGAAGAUGAAGGCUGCUAUCUCUGUUUGUUCAACGCCGACCCUGAAGGUUCUCUCACUGGUACAACCUGCCUCCAAGUCUACGAGCUGCAUGGACCCGUUCUCCAUGUGGGAGCAUCAGGCUCUGAGGAGACAGUGGUGUCCUGCUCGGCCACAGGUCGACCUGCUCCCACAGUCACAUUAACUGUCCGGAGAGGCGACGGCCACUUUCCUGGAAACAGCUCCGUCAGUGUGAACAACACCAACGGUACAGUCACCGUCACCUCUACAGCUGUGCUGACUCGUCUCCAUGACAUGGACACAGAGGUUAGAUGUGCAGUGCGAGUGCUCUCUGCUGCUCAGAAAGAGGAGGUCAGGAUCAUUCCUGCUGAAGUCAAACAGUCUGCUGAAGGUUUCCAUGAGGAUUCUGGGAUUGAGAUCACAUGUUUCAUCAUCAUCACUACACUGUCUGUGGUGCUGGUCUUCUGUUGUGUUGCAGCAGCAGUCAUCACAGUCCUGCUGAUACGAAGACAGAGGAACAGUCCAAGACAAAGAGACUCUGAGAAGAUCAACACACCACUAAAAAGAACUGAACAAACUCCAGAGACUGAAACACCUUUGAUGCAUCAAGCUGACCAGCAGUCAAGGCGAUGGAUGACACCUGAGAAAAGUAAAGGAAGUGACAGCACAGAAUCAUCGACCGGCGCUCGGCGACAACUAUUUGGUGACACAAAGUGACUCACAAGACUGGUGACAGAAGUAAAACUGGCCUGAAACAGACCUGUGGAUGAUCACUGAAACAUUUGGUGUGCUGACUUCACUUCUCUGUUUUAAUGUGACUUUACACAAUAACAAGUGUCUUGUAGCAUUUUUAAUAUGAUGAUGAUAUAAUAACUGAUGGUUACCUGACUCUCGUGGCUGUGAGGUGUAAGAAAGGUUAAGAUAUAGUAAAAAAAAAGAAGACAAGAACACACUUAUUAUUACAGUAUAUAUACUUAUAUUUGUAUAUAGUUUAUACAUUUUUACUUGAAUAUAUAUUUUUUUGCUUUUUCUCAAUAUGAUUUUGUCUUCAUGCUGUUUUUAACUUUCUACAACGAGCUACAAAGGACCACCUGAAAGCAUCGUCUUCAAUGUGUCAAUUAAAAAUGUAAAUAUGUGAUCAAACUGUAAUAAAAAUUGUGCUCAGUCGUCAUUAGAUUCAUCAGAUCAUGAAUUAAUCCUCAUGUGUAACUCAGUUUUUGAGGAGACGUUCAGGGUCACAAGACACUGACCAUUAAUAACUAGUCUUCUAAUAAUUAAUACAAAUAUUAAUAUUGCUUGUAGUAAUAAGUUGAAGUGAUCCCAGCAGUGUGUUGAACACGUGCUGCAGUCACACAGGAUGUCCACUGGAGGUCCUGCCUGUCUGACAGAAGAAGAAGAGUUGAAGCUGUCUGAGGGAGGGAGGACUGAACAUGUCCAGUUACCCAAAUAUCAAACUUGAGCAAAAGUCUUAAAGUGCCAUAUAUUAAAUGUAUCAAAAGUAAAAGAAAAUUAUACACAUAUUUAAAUGUAUGUACUGUAAACUCUGGGUCAAUGAUUAUAUACCUGGAGCAGAUAUUCAGUAUUUAUCUGAUUAUCAGAACCACAAACUUUAAAGUGUUCUCCUUUGGUUCUGAUGCAGCAGGUAAUCUGCAAAGUAAAGAGUAACUAAAGCUAUCAAAGAAUGUAGUGGAGUAAAAAGUCGGAUAUUUAAUACCCAAAGCUGAGAGUAGUUCAAGUCUGAGGGAGCAGAAAAUGGAAAGUUUUCAAGUAAUGUACAAGCACCUCAACUUUGUACUGAGGUUCAGCAGUUGAGUAAAUGUACUCAGUCAUAUUACAUAUCUGGUGUUCAUUUUUUACAUCCAGGACUGUUGAUCCACCAUCAUGAUAUGAGAUCAU